AUGCCUGAAGCAGAGUCAGUAGCUGCCGCUGCUGCUGACUGUCACUGCAGCAGCAGGAGCAGCAGCAAAGAGGACGACUGCAGCACAUGCUGCAUGCAUGCAGACAAUGUGGCUGUAGGGUCCCCCCGCUGCAGCAGCGGCUACUGCUACGGCAGUGCUGCAGCGGACAGAAGCAACCGCAGCAGCAGCAGCAGACGAAGCUGCUGCUGCUACUGCACACACAGAGGCGAUUCUCUGUCACGGCUAAACACAGCUAGCACUGCAGCUGACAGCAGCAGCAGCAGCAGCAGCCCCCAACAGGUUUUAUCCCUUGGGGACCCCUUUUCCCCUGCUGCAUAUCCCUCUCCUACUGCAGCAGCAGCAGCAGCAGCAGCAGACUUGGGCGAGGACGGCCCUUUUGCUGCAGCAGGCGGCGUUGCUGCCCCCGCUGCAUUCGCAGUACGUAGCGCUGCCUCUUUGCUUUCUCCGAAAGAAGCUGCAGCAGCGGCAGAAGCUGCAGCAGCAGAAGCGGCAGCAGCAGAAGCGGCUGCAGCAGAAGCUGCAGCAGAAGCAGCAGCAGCAGCCAGGGACGAUUCCCUUAGUUGCUGCUCUACACCUAGACAAAAAAGGUCUGGGGAGGGCUGCGCUUCGCCGCACCUGCUGCGGCCCCCUACUGCUGCUGCCACCAGCAACAGCAGCAGCAGCAGCAGCAGCAGAAGCAGCAACUACUUUAGGGACCACAGCAGGUACAGCCAGGCCACAAAAGAAGCCGCAAGAAAACGCGGCAGCUGCUGCUUCGUUUCCCCGCCAGAAGGAGACACAGGAGAAGUAGAUGGAGGCCCCUCUCCCCCAGCAGCAGCGGCAGCAGCAGCAGCAGCGGCAGCAGCAGCAGCAGAAACCAGCAGCGGCAACACAACGCGGAGGAACCCGUCGGCUUUCUUCCAGUUGCCCUACCCGUGCACAGCCACCAGCGAGCUGAGCAAAAUGCAGCAGAAGCAGCAGCAGCAGCAGCGGCAGCAGCAACGGCAGCAGCAGCAGCGACAGCAGCAGCAGAAAUGGGGAGCAGCAACGGGAGAGCAGCAGCUGCUUCUGCCCAUCCCCGCUAGGCGUGCUACUCCCCCCUCGCAGUGUUCACAAGGUGGCUGGCCAAGACAGGUCCCUUUUCAGCAGCAGCAGCAGCAGCAGCAGCAGGCAGCAGCAAGCUUCCCCAGCAGCCCCGCAGCCCUUGGCAGGAGCAUCGCGAAGCAUGUCUCCUUCGGAAGCCCCCUUGUGGUUCAGGUGUAUGAAUACGCAUCUCCUGAGGGCUCUGGAGCAGCAAGCAGCAGCAGCAGCCCCCCAGCCCUGCUGGACUUGUCAGUUCCCUUAUGUACAAGUGCGCAGCAGGGGCAGCAGCAGGAGCAGCAGCAGCAGCAGCAGCAACAACUGGAGAUGUGUGUAGACCUGUCCGCUGCUGCUCUGUUGACGCCUAGCAACAGCUCGGACGUGUCUCCCAUGUCGCUGACUGAGCAGCAGCAACAGAAGCCGCAGCAACAGCAGCAGCAGCAGCAGAAGCAACGGCAGCAGCAGCAGCAGCAGCAACAGGUAUAUGUGUCUUUGCCGCCUCCAGGGUCGCCCCCCAGUCUACGGCGGUGCCGCGACUGGUCUCCUCCCCCUGCUGAGGACGCAGAUAGAAGUGCUGCUGCUUCCACAGCAGCACCAGCAGCAGCAGCAGCAACUGGACCUACCCACGCAAGCAAACCAUAUGUAAGCAGCAGCAACAACUUGCACCGGCAGCAGCAAGACUGCUUCCCCAGUGCAGCAGCGAGCUCUCCUGCUGUUGCCGCCGCAGCAGCAGCAGCAGCAAAGUAG